AUGCGUGGCUACAUUUUGGUGCUGAUGGUGGGGAUCGCCGUAACAGGCGUAACAGCGUACUCAAACAACUCAAACGCCAUCUACACCUGGGAGGGGGGCCGAAUCGAAUGGCCAUGUCCGACAACGAAGCGCCUCGUCAUCGCGGCCGGCAAAUACACCCCUCGGGAUCUGAUCGCUAUCCGGUGUCAGCGCGUUGAAGGAAAGACCUUGUGCGCCUUCCCGCGCUACAAGAACAGCAUCCCGAUCACGUUGAGCCAGGUGUACGCCACCAAGAAGGGCUGCGAUGUCAAGUUUGAGCCGUUCCCGUGCUGGACCGAACAGGAAGAGGGCAACUGCAACGCACUGCAGUCGGUCAUCGAUAUCUACAGCGUUGGAGAGUUCGUGUGGGUACUGGACAGUGGAAUUGUUCAGGCUCUUCGAUCACCCAUCCAACGGUGCCCCCCGAAGAUCGUUGUGUACGAGGGAAAAUCUGGAAAGAAGCUCAAAACCAUCAACCUGAACCGCUUUGUUACGGAAAAGUCGCGUCUGCAAUAUCUGCAGGUUGAGUGUCUCAAGGGAGGUCGGUGCUAUGUGUACGUCAGCGAUGCCGGAAACAACGCCAUCAUUGUGUACGACGUAUACGGAGGUCGUGGAUAUCGAGUCGUUCUUCCUAAAGCCGUGCAUCACGGGUGUCGAUUCCGGGACGUGCUGUACAUCUUCCUGUCGUACCAAAAAGAGGGAACCAAACUGUACUUUAGCUACCUUGGAGGACGUCGCUUGUUUGCCAUCCGAACGGAGCAUCUGCGCAAGGGACACGGUGGAAACAUCAUUGAUAUCGGCGAGAAGCCAAACACGCCCAUCUUUAUCGGAACUGACGCCGGAUCCGGAGUAUUCUUCCGUGAAGAAGGUGACAGCGACGUGUACUACUGGAACACCAACCAGUGCUACAAGAAGAGCAACUUUAAGCUGGUGUACAAGAGCAGCGGAGGGCUGUACGCGACGCACGUGUUCCCCGACUUCAAGAUCAACCGGCUGCUGGUGCUGGAAAACGACUUCCCGAGCUACGUGAAGGACUACGCCGGCUGCGGAACGCUGCACCAGAUCUCGAUCCUGGACGGAACGUACACCUGCGAGUAGGUGCAGAAACUGAACGAUCGUCGGGGAUGGGAGCGAAGACAACACGGGACUCUGUACUGAAAUAUGGUAGCUUCGAGCGAAAGCUGUACAGACAUGUGAUAUAGAC